AUGGGUUGGGCAACACAAAUAUCUCUGUCAGGUUACAAAAAAGCAGUCCUCUAGAUUGCAGAAAUCAGCUCCCAGUUCCAGUUUUAAAUGUUUGCCUUAGCCACCAGCAUCUUCAACAGGCUGUUGGCAUCAGUAAAGGCCCAAUUAAAAUAUCUGCAGUGCAUUACAAUUUCCUGCCUAAUCCUUCAGCAAAAAACAAUGAAGAUGAGGUCUGUAAUACCAUCAGUGCAGAUGCUAGUGGUGCAGAGCAGAUGUAAACACUCUCCAGCCGAGAUCUUGAGAAUGGAAAGAAUUAUACUGGAUAAGCUUCAGUGGGAUCUUUACACAGCAACACCAUUGGAUUUCUUAAACAUUUUCCAUGCCAUGGUGAUGUCCAGCUGGCCCCAUCUCCCACCCAGACUGCCUCAGAGGAAUCCUUCCCUCCAUGUUGCACUCUUGACCAAGCAGCUGCAGCACUGUAUGGCCUGCCACCAACUUGUGCAGUUUAAGGGCUCCACGUUGGCUUUGGUGAUCAUCACCUUGGAGCUGGAGAGGCAGACUCCUGGUUGGUUUCCUGUUAUUACUGAUCUGCUAAAAGAAGCACAGGUAAACAGCCCUGAAUUCAUCCACUAAGAGCUUGUGGAUCAAGAGUUACUGUGCUGGCAGCCCCUCAAUACUGUUUAUAUUUUCUGUCCCAUCAGUCAAUCUGUGCAGGGCCAUCCCAAGCCACCUGAGAAGGACUAG